AUGGUCGACAUUUCGCAGUUCAUAGAGUUGGUUGAACCACACUGGCAAUCCCAAGAUUCUCCUUUGCCUCAGUUUCCUUCCAAAGACUACCAUGACAGGGUUUCAUAUCCUGAUGCUGGAGAUGGAAUGAGUGUUGACAUUGGUGGAGACCACUUUGAUGUAGCGGGAGAGGAAUUUCAAAGUGCAGAGGAAUGGUAUGAAGGCACAGGGACUUGUUACUCUCAGGACGGCACAACCUUUCUGGAUCUAUUCGACACCAAUGAGUAUGCGAACUGCAGGAAAGAUAAUCUUUUUUACCCUUUUGCAUCGAGGAAUGAGUGGGAAGUCGCUGAUUUUCUUCUUCGGUCCUUGCUCAGCAUGGCAGCAAUCAAUGAAUUUUUGGCACUCUCAAUGAUUCGGGAACUAAACCUAUCUUCCAAGAAUGCUAAAGAAUUACAAAGCUGUGCUGAGAUGCUCCCCAAGGGACCGAGCUGGAAGUGCCAAAUCGUUACCUCGCUUCACAACACAAAACACCCGAUCCGACUAUUCUGGAGGAAUCCUGUCGAAUGCUUAGAGAGUCUGUUCAGUAACCCCCUCUUCCAUGACAAGCUCGACUUUGUCCCUCAUCGCGUUUACACUGCUGCAGGGUGGCUUCUGCGUGUAUAUUCAGAGUGGCUGAUGGGUGAUUCUGCUUGGGACAUCCAGAGCCAACUGCCUAGAGGUGCUACAAUCCUUGGGACAGUACUAUCUUCCGACAAAACAAAUGCCACUACUAUGACUGGUGCCAGGGUCGCUCAUCCACUUCUUCUAGGCCUUGCCAAUAUCCGCAUGCGCACCCGCACCAAACUCUCGUCUAGGGCAUUUCUACUUAUGGCUCUCCUCCCCAUCCCACAGUAUUUGCACCCAAAUCAAUGGAUGUGGGGUGUGCUCAAAGAUUGCCUUAUACACGAAUGUCUUGCCAUUGUUUUACGACCGUUGAUGAUAGCACCCAAGAUUGGGAUCAUGAUGUCAGAUCUGGUAGGCAAUGUUCGUCAUUGUUAUACGCCUCUUGCAGCCUAUAUUGUUGAUACCCCUGAGGCAUGUAUGCUUGCAUGCAUGCGUGGCAAAACUUCUCCAUUCACAAUGGCGUCCUAUCUCGAGUUUGGGGAUGACUUUUGUCAUCCUGAGCGUAUGCGCUCUAUCACACUUGACCAGCUUGCGAGCAUCAAGGUCGACCCCAAUAACCUCGAAGCUUUUUUUGAAGUGUGCACCGAAUACCGGCUAAACAGUGUUCAUGCGCCUUUCUGGAUGUUCUGGCCGCAUGCCAAUCCCUCCAUCUUUUUAACGUUAGAACUCCUGCAUCACUGGCAUAAAGAAUUCUGGGAUCAUGAUCUUCAUUGGUGUCUUGCAGCUAUUGGAGCGCUGGAACUUAAUUUUAGGUUCUCGAUUUUGCAGCCAAUCACAGGGUACCGCCAUUUCCCUGGUGGAAUCUCAAAUCUCAAGCAAGUCACGGGGAGAGUUCACCAUGAUGUUCAGUGCUACAUCGUUGGUCUGAUUGCAGGUGCGGCCCCUCAUCGUUUUGUAAUCGCGAUCCAUGCCCUUAUGGAUGUCCAAUACAUGGCGCAAUCCCCUUCCCCCGACGAUAACCUAUUGACGUCUAUCGACCAAUCGCUCUUGACAUUUCACCAAAACAAAGCUGUCAUCAUGACAUUGGGCGUGCGGAUGGGUGCGAAGAAACCGAUCGACAAUUGGUUCAUACCUAAAUUGGAGCUGAUGCAGAGCAUUACCACUAGUACACACAAAGUCGGUGCUCUCAUUCAAUGGUCUGCAGAUGCCACUGAACACGCUCACAUAUCCAAAAUCAAGGACCCCGCACGACACACCAACAAUAACGACUACAAUCUGCAAAUAUGUCGUCAUUUAGAUUGA